UCCCACUCCCACCGCACAACGCUCAUUCCCUCUUUUAAUUCCAUUACUCCCUAGUCUUUCAUACGAUAUCAUGAGAUCGUCUCCGACAUACAUCAUUCUAUUAUUAUUCAUUGUAUUGAGAUGGGAUACGGGAUAUAAGCCAAUAACUUACCCACGCAAGUCUGAAGGAUUGGUCGAGACUUAUCCAAUUGCCACAAACGACAACGACAAUUCAGCAAGAACAAUGUACCAAGAAUUUCCUCUCCAGAUAGAUACUGGCUCGUCGACUUCGUGGGUAGUUUCCUCCCAGUGUAACAGAGACAUUUGCACGGCCGUCAAAAGACUCGAUACGUCUAGCCUACCUACUGCAGAAGUAGGGAAAUCCGCUUCCAUUGAAUUUGGAAGAGGGUUAACGGUAUCAGGGAGAGUCGUCAGGGACGUCUUUUCGGCCGGAUUUCUUGCAGUAAAAAACCAAACUUUUAUUGCUGCUGAUGAUGUUACAGCCCCAUUUCCUGGGAGUGGCAUACUUGGACUAGGGUUUGGUGCUAAAUCGCCCGUUCCAGAUAAACCUAAUACGAUAUUUGAGAACAUGGUAGAACAAAAUUUAAUAGCUGAACCUGUCUUUGGCGUCCGUUUGGUGUCUCAUGGUGGAGGAGAAAUUAUGUUCGGUGGCAUUGACCUAUCAAUCAUCAAAGGUGCUAUUCAAUACCUUCCCGUUACUUCGUUACUAGAAUGGGAAAUUCCAGUUAAGGGUAUCAAAUUUGCCAACAAGAUAAUUACGCCUCCUACACGUUUCAUAGUAGACACUGGGACGACAGUAAACAUAAUUCCAGAAAAGUAUGCAGAGAUUCUUUUCGCUGAAAUACCCGGAUCGGGUAUUGACAAUGAAACCGGAUUACGCACUGUUCCUUGUGACAUAGACGAGACGUUUACGACCAGUUUCAUUAUUGGAAAUGAAGAAUAUAUCAUGCCGGCCAAGGAUCUUGCGUUUCAGCGUAUAAACAAUACAAACAAUUGCAUUACAGGCACUCAAGGUGGCGAACUUGAUGAUCAGUGGUUGUUGGGCGAUACGUUUAUUAAGAAUUUCUACGUAGCAUUUAGAUUGAAGCCUGAGAGAAGCGUAGGGAUAGCUCGACGCGUUGAUGUGUGA